GUGAAAAACAAAAUAGGAUAUAUGCCACGCUUUGUGUACAAACACUUACAUGUAUGUGUGAUAGCCUAUACAAGAGAUUCUUUUUAAAAAUGAAUUAUGUACAUAGGCUAAUCUGAAGCAAACGCAAGCCAGAAUGCAAGAACUGCGGACAUUUCUGAGAUGGUGGAAGCAGAAGGAAUGGUACUCUUAUCAGUAACUGCCUGUCAAGUCCACCCCUCUUUUCCAUCGUUUUCAUCUCUGACCGAACACACAAAGAAGCUCUAAUGAAUUUUAGUAGUGUGGACUGGACCACCAACCUGGGCCUGAUUGUUCUCUCAUACGAGGUCUUUCAGACUGGUGUUGACAAUAUCCCACCCGUGACUAUUGCAACAAUGGUCCUCAAUGUAUUUGUUUAUCUGUCUCCAGUGAAACCUGACACACAGGUGUGUCUUAGUGUGCAGACGGCGGUGUGGCAGAGAGAGUGGCGUCGUCUGUUCUUGAGCCCAUUCCAUCACAGGAAUGAUUGGCACCUCAGUCUCAACAUGGUGUCCCUGUUGAGGGCAAAGUCUUUGGAGCGCUACCUGGGCGGUGUCUGGUUUGCCUGUCUGCUGUCCGUCUUCUCCUUGCUCACAGGAUUGGUCUAUAUCCUACUGAGGGCGGGACUAUACGUGCUCACAGAGGAUUCAUCACACGGCUCAUGGUGUAUUUUGGGAUUUAAUGGUGUUCUGAUUGGUCUGCAUGUUGUGGACAUCUACUACCAUCCCAACUCAUUUUCGGAGAUCAUGGGAUUCCCUGUGGACACACGUGUGACCUGCUGGAUGGAACUUUUGCUGGUGUAUGCCUUGGAACCUGGGGUAUCUAUGGUGACGCCUCUGUCUGGAUUGCUGGUGGGUCUUCUCUACACCAAAGGGCCCCUGAGGAGUGCAAUGGCAGCAUGCGCAGGUGUCAUGACUAGGAACCAGACAGCCAGAAGAUCAGUGUACUUCAAUGAGUCAGGUUACAGUGGCUGGAGCAGCCCUAAUCCCACAGCAGAUUUCAAUCAUCCUCCACAUCUCAGUCGAAAGCAAGCCCCUGCCACACACUCCAAUGAGACCAAGUGUCCUGAUAGAACACCUCCUCGAGCUAAUUCCUCCACACACACUCCGUCCAGGAAGCAGCGCCGCACUCGUAGACCCCCAGCCAGAGAUGCUCUGAACCCAGUUUAUGUCCAGCUUCAUGACCUGAAUCCCAGAACUACCAGGCAACCAGCCAAAGAAGCCUCAGGCAAAUAUGUAUUCCCCUGCCCUUGCUGUCCCAGAACAUUUACCUUGAGGAUAGCACGCAACCGUCACUUUGACCUCACUCAUGGAGACCAGCCUCACCAUGAACCAUCUUCCAGGCUACAGCACCAGGUUAAUCAAGGUGUGGAUGAUGGACCACCAGAUCAAGACCCUGUGCCCCAAUCUCCAGACCUGAACCCCACUGAAAACCUCUGGAAUAUGGUUAAGAGGAAGCUGGAUAGCUACAUGACAUCAAACAAAGCUAAACAGCUUAUUCAAGGGCUUGCUAACUCGGUCACGUCUGCCGCUUCCGUCAGACCAUCACCUGAGGUGACCUCUGACCCCGUCACAGAGGAAGUGCGGCGAAGACGUCUCCUGAGGUUUCAGCAUCGGACAUCUGAGCCAGCAGCUGCUUCUCCAGCAGACUGUUAAUGGUUCCUGAAGUGCUUCGCGGAAUCGUGCAGGAGUCGGGCAGGAUUCCGCCAUGCACCCCUUUGUUCUUUACCUUUGGAAGACGGGAGGCGGUGGAUUUGCGAGCGGAGUAACACCGUUGCUGAAACUUCAGCAGGUAGACUGCAAAUAAGCAGAGAAGGUGUUUUGGCCAGAGCGGUUGAGAAGAGUAGCUGCCAGUAUUUGCAUCCCCAAGUUUGCACGUGAACCAACGUCUCUGAGAAGGCACGCAAUUUGAAAAAGAUGCGAUGAAAAAAUGCAAUUUUCAAACAGGGGUGUAAAUAGCGUUACUAUAUACACCAGACCAGAGUAUGAAAAGCAUCCACUUCUAAUUAUACACUGGUACAAAUAGCAUACACUAUUUGUGCCAGGGUGAAAACGUUCUUUGCCGAUCAGUCCUUACACCAGGGUACAAAUAGCAUCAACUUCUAAUUAUACUCAGCAUACAGUACAUUGAUAUUUGAGCUGGGGUGAUAAUAGCCUUCGCCAUCUAUUUUUGCUAUUCUGGAUUUUGCUAUAAAAACUGUAUUAUGGUAUUUAAAGUAUCUAUCUGUACAGUGUAUUAAUGUUCUGCUUGUACUGGUGGAAUUUGUGCAUCAAAAUGAGAGUUCCAAAAACAUUCCGUAACUGUGCAGAUAUGAUUUACUCUGCAUUCAGUGAUUUGCACUAUGUUGAUUUUGUCUGGGACUUGAAACCUGUGACAUUUUAAUGAAUAGUCAUGAGUGCCCUCUGCUACAGUAGGUCAGUGUUUUGGAGAUACAAUGAUAACAAAAAUGGUUGAAAUGAUGUCCACCAAAUCAGUGUUUGUAAUUUUUUUCUUUAAAUGCAUAUACAAUAAAAAUGGUGUCUUAACCAUG